AGACUCUACGCUCAGCCUGUGGCUUUCUUCUCUGCUGAAGUUGCUUGCUUGUCUCUUUUUUUCUUUUUGAGUAACUAGUUGCUUGCUUGUCUCUUCAGACUGUGUUUAGGAGGAUUCUGCCUGUAAAUUAUGGAUUCAAUCUCUUUUUGGUAUAAAUAAACUCUCUUUACAUCUAGAAAGAUAGGAUGUGGUAGUGGGCUGUUACAAUAUUAUAGAAAAGCCCAAAUAAUAAAUCUGUUGAGGGAAACUUCGUUGUCAAACUAAAUGUGAAUCUUCUUCCUCCUCCUCCGUCCCAAUCGUGUUGGCACGAUAAAGCAGACAACCUGUUCUACAACAUCAAGUCAACCCGACCCGACUUCUUUCCCCUCGUCAAAUCGGUUGGAUCAGGAAGUUGAGCUAAUUCUGGGGGGUUUGAGGGAUAAAACCUAUCUAUGGCUGCAAAGCAAGAGGCUUCUUCCUCCUCCUCAAUUGUAGAAUCUAACAUCAUCAUUGAGGAUCCCUCCACCAAGCAAGUUUCACAUAUUGAGAUUGAGGCUCUGUGGAGCCGACUUAACACCGCAACAUCGUUUCUGACCUACCUUAAAUCAAAAGCAACCACUCUUGUUGUUGCUCAGGAUUUGUCCCAGCUUUCACUUGCUGAUCAUGUACUUGAUGGUGAACAAGGAUCAUUAUCUGAACGUGAUCAGACUUAUUAUGUCUCUGAAAUGCUUAAGCAUGUAGAGACUGUUUCAGGCGUGAUGGACUCUCUCGCUAGGCGUGCUAUUGUCGCCGAAUCCGAAGCCUCUAUUCAGAGAGGCAAGGCUCGGUUGAGUCAGCAAGAGAUUCAGAGAAAGGCUGGCCAGAUCAACAGCAUGUCCAUGAAAUUAGAGGACAUGGAAAAGUUUGCUCUUGGGACCACUAGUAUUCUCGGUGAAAUGCGUCAGAGGGUCGAUGAUUUGGUGGAAGAGACGUCUAGACAGAAGGCAAGAGCCACGGAAAAUGAGCAGGAACUCUGUCGUGUCAGGAGAGACUUUGAGUCCCUUAAAUCCUAUGUUUCAAGUCUCAUCAGCGUCAGAGAGACACUCGUCUCCUCGGAGAAGCAGUUCCAAACCAUCGAGAGACUUUUUGAACGGCUUGUUGCAAAGACAACGCAGUUGGAAAGCGAUAAAGUGCAGAAAGAAGCAGAGGUUCAGAAACUAAUGGAAGAAAACGUGAGACUCACGGCUCUUGUGGAUAAGAAAGAGGCGCAGCUUCUGGCCAUGAAUGAGCAGUGCAAAAUGAUGGCCCUAAGCUCCAUAUAAUAUAUGGUUAGAGAUAUAGAAAUGUGUGUGAUUUGCUAAUUAUCUAUAUAUAUAUAUAUAUAUAUUCCACUUGUAACAUAAAAGAAACCCUCAUUUGAUACAACUGCCGUUUUCUUCCUUGUUUGUAACUUUGUAUGACACCACUUUUGCCUGUGGACAAGAAAAAUAAUAUAAAGGGAGAGACUCUAUACA